AUGAUCGUCAACGGUGCAUCUGAUAUUGUUUUAUGCCGUUACUUUUUGAAUUAUUUAGAUGGUUCUGCACUUGAUUGGUUGUGUACUUUGCCUGCAGGUUCCAUUUCAAUAUUCCAACAACUGGCCAAGCUAUUUGAAGAACACUUUGUUGGAUCUGCAAUUUACCUGCACGAUUCGGAUUAUCUGAAUACAAUAAAACAAGGACAAAAUGAAAGUCUGAAGGAUUACAUGACUCGCUUCACCAAGGUUGCCAUUAGCAUACCAAACCUUCACCCUGAAGUCCAUCUUCACGCAAUCAAAAGUGGACUCCGGCCCGGGAAAUUCCAAGAAACCAUUGCUCUGGCUAAGCCAAAAACUCUUGCCAAGUUCUGCGAGAAGGCGAAAGGUCAAAUUGAUAUUGAAGAACUAAGACAAGCCCAGAAGUCGGACAAAACACAUUUCAGAGACGACGACAAGUUCAACACCAAACGUGAGGAUAUCAUCAAAGAAAUCCUAAAUUCGAAGUUAAUCAAACCACCAAGGAAGGCUGGUACCUAUCAAGAUGCUAAGAACGUGGAUAAGUCCAAGUAUUGUGCAUUCCACCAAAAGCACGGCCACACUACCUACGACUAUGUGGUGGCAAAAGACCUCUUGGAAAGACUAGCUCGGCAAGGCCACCUCGACAAAUAUACUGGAGGACACAUGCAUAAACGUCCCACAACCAAUGACCUACCCGAACAACCACACCGGGGCAAAGAAAAGGCAAUACCAAGCACUUAUGAAAGGCCCCGAGGUAUAAUUAAUUGUAUUUCAGGAGGAUACGCCAGCGGAGGACAUUCAAAUUCAGCUAGGAAAAGAUUGUACCGAGCAAUAUGCUUGGUAGACAGCCCAGGCGUUGGAACCGAGAUCAACACCCCACUCCCACAAGUCACAUUCACACAUGCAGACUUCAAUUCUAAUAUACAAAACCUAGAUGACCCUGUUGUCAUCACCCUACAACUGGGAGACUUGUUGGUAAAAAAGGUCCUCCUGGAUCUCGGAAGCAGCACCGACGUUCUCGUUUACUCAACAUUUCAAAAAAUGAAGUUAAGCAACAAUAUUCUGCAGUCAACAGGCGGAGACCUAGUCGGUUUCUUGGGUGAGCGAGUUCCGAUAAUAGGCUCAGUGUGGUUAUACACCACACUAGGUGAACAUCCUCUUUCAAAAACAUGCGACAUUCAAUAUUUAGUAGUAGACUGCUUAAGUCCAUAUAAUCUUAUACUUGGCCGACCUUUUUUAAACAAGUUCGGCGCCAUUGUAUCUACAUUUCAUCUGUGUGUUAAGUUUUCUCUGCAGGACGAUCAUGUCGUGACAAUCCAUGGAGACCAUAAGGAAGCACGGCAAUGCUACAAUAUCAGCAUGAAAUUACAAAAUCAUUCACAACAUCAGAUCAACAAUGUCGACAUUAACAUCAACAACAACUCAGCACUGGCAGACCUAGAUCCAAGAGCCGACUUCCGAGAAAGACCUUCACCAUCUGAUGACUUGCAAAAAGUUUAUUUCACUGAUGACCCUAACAAAUUCACCUUUGUAGGAAAAUUAGUCAACGGGAAAGAAAUGGAAGCCAUCACCACCUUUCUACAACAACAAGCCGACCUGUUCGCAUGGACACCUUCUGAUAUGCCCGGCAUCGAUCCACACAUCAUCAGUCAUAAGCUAGCAAUAAACCCAUCUGCACGACCUGUGCAACAAAAGAAAAGAAAACUCGGGGAUGAAAAAUGA